UACCGAAACAGGUAAAUUAUUGCCUAGCAGUUCCAAUUAGCCCAGCUCAAACGGGCAAUGCGCGAAGCAAUGAUCCAUUGACCCCAAUGAUGGACUGGCUAGCUGGCUGUACAGUACUAGUGGUUUCUCCAAGUGUAAUCAGUAUCAUACGUACCGCACGCAUACAACAACCUGACUUAUUUACUAUACUGUAUAACCAUCCCGCGUUAGUCGACCACCCCCCUUUUCCCUCCCCUAACCUCGUACCUGAAGUUCUGCAGUUCGCAAAGGAGAGCCGGGAGCAAGCAGCUGAAACGUGCCUAGUCCUCACACCUCUACUCUUAAGAGACUCCCCUGUCUCAACAUGUCUCCAGUAUUUCGGGAUUCGAAGACUCGAAGAACCACUUCUCCCCUCCUUUCCUCUUCUAAUCUCGAGGAUCCGAUCAUCCCCUGUCGCUGAUCAGAGAUUCCCAUAAGACCAUGAUCCACGAUCUAGAAACAAUUUAAAAAAAAAUACAUCACUCUUGG